AUUUGACGUUACAAUAAUGAAUAUUUGUGGGCCACUGUGCUGACACCAACUUUCCCCAAAGGAGAGUGGCUACUCAUAGGGUGCCACUAAAACAACCAGGAGCACGGAGCCGCCACCCCCAGGUCAGCCACUUCCGGGCGAUGCCGCGGCUGGCAACAUGAUUAAACAGGGCGUCGUACAGGAAAAAAUUUCUGACCUCACCACUAUGAAUCAGCUGCCACCCCUGAGCACGCUGCCACAGUGGUCACGGAUAAAUACUUUAGAUAGGGGUCGCUACCCCAAACCCUUCGUCAAAGAUAAAGUGACUAGUGGUGCUGAGGGCCGAAAGGAGGGGGAAGAAGAGGAGCGUGAUGUUGAUAUAUCAGAACUUAACCCAUCACAGAGGAUACACCAUCUUGAAAGGAGUAUCCAUUUUCUUCGUCAACAACAUCAGGAAGUUCUCAAGUCUCUCCAUGAUGAAAUAGAGGUUCUCAAGAAAGAGAAUAAAGAUUUACAUUUUAAAAUUGUGAUGUCCCAGAAACAGCACCAAGAGAAACAAAGUGCCAAUAGUCAGCGAGACAGUUCUAAAGACCGGUCUCGGAAUGAUGGCAAUUCUCGUGCCCUGGAGAAAGAAUAUUCCUCCAAUUCUCUCAUCUCUCAAACUCUAGAUUUAAGUAGCUCCGCCGGCCGUUCCCGUGUGGAAGCUACCAAGGAACGCUUGCAAGCAGAGGAUCGACUUGAUGAGCUCAAGAUCAUCUUUCUGGAGGAGGAGAUUAAGGAACUGAAGCAUGCCCUUCGUGAUCUCAAAAAUCGAAAUAACUUCCUAACACAGAGGCUAGAACAAGAGGAAGAACACAAGAAAAAACAACUGGCUAAGAUUGAGAGCCUACAGUAUCAGGUAGCACAGGGAGGGGGCCCAAUGGCAGAGAAAAUUGCUGCUGGCAACCUCAACAUCUUCAGCAACCCAAAUCGUCCACCGACCUUGACUGAAUGUGAGGUCGUCAUUCGUCAUUUACAGUCUAUCAAUGAGCAACAGACACAUGAGCUGGAGCGCCUAAAGUCAGACCUGCGUGACGUGUUAUACUCCCACAAAUGGACGCCUGAUGCCUACUUACUUGCCAAGGCUUACAUUGCUGAAGAUGAUGCCAAGGACAAGGAAGAAAAAAGAGCUCUUCCCAAACUUAAGAAUCCUUCCAGAAAAUUACCCGAUAUUGCAUAUAUCCAAAGAGAUACUGUAAAUUUACCCGCAUUGAAGCAGACUGUUAGUAACAAAGCCAUAGAGCGGCGUAAACGUACCCAGAUCCUCCAGAAAGCUCGCCUACACAAAGAAAUUCUGCCCUAACAUCUCAUGAAUAUUAGUAAAGGAGAGAUGCAUCUA